AUGAACAUCGUGCCUGAAACACUCAAAGCCAACGUAUACAUCAACCCUAAAGUCCUUGAAGAGCACCAUGAGCUCCAUGCAGUGGUGGCUCAGAUCACCCAACUCUUUCUUUCCGACUAUGCUACUCCACUCACAAAUGCAUUUGCAGACACCCGCACUCGGCACAAGUGGGGUAAUUCAACGAUGGCUCAGACCCCUACAAAGGGAAAGGCCCAAACAGAAGACCCCAUCAUGCCGCUCAUUCCCCGCCCAAUUGUGCCAACCUCUGCACACUUCAUCUUUCCUGGUCGUCCUGCAGGCUCCUUGGAAUGGCUGUUGAGUUCCAGUGAUUAUGUCUUAUCACACGCACCAUCCUUUGACAACGAUACUAUCAUAUGGAAGCCGCAUCAAAUUGGUUUGAUGCAAGGUCAAAGAGAUGUGCCCUCUAUCCAGCGUCAUGUAACAAUAGCUGCUGUCGGGGUUGGAGGUGCACAGGUUAGGGGUGUGCGCAAGGGUACUUCAACCGCUAUGACACAUACUGAUGAUGAGAGCUCGAAGUCAUUGCAGUUGUCAUGCACCAUCACUAUACCCCCCGUAACACCAAUCUCUGCCCUCCCAUUGAAGGGGAUUUUUGCAUCUACUGUGUCGCCUACUCGGACCCCUCCUUGCUUUAUCAUAGAGCCUCUCAAUGCUGAUAUGUCCGCAAUCACGCCAUUUGGGGAUGCAACAGAGGCAGUGUUGGAGAACCUUGGUUACCUGGACAAUUUUCAUAACAUCUGCAUUUCGAUCUGUCAGAACUACCUUGCAAAGCGAUGGGUUACAGUAUUGCAGCAGGACGCUAACAUCUCUUUGGACCAUGCCGAUGCCAUCAGAGAAGCUAUGUUGAAAGAUUGUAAUUUUAUUGCUCGAACACGUGGUCCAUACAUCAAAGUAUCAAAGGAAGUAUGCCAACAACUGACUGAACGGCAAUGCACCAAACGUCUUGACGAGGACCAGGAGAUUCAAGCUGUCCUGAACUAUAUGAACUCAAAGGCUACCGAUUUGGCUUGCAAAUUCAAGCAGCCUCGUCGCCGUUACCUGGAGCAUUUCACCCUUGGUUCUGUAGUUCACCACCGCAAGCACAACAAAACCAGUGCAUGGCAUGCAUUUAUGCAUUUCCAGGGCAUCAGAACCAAUGCCAACAAAGACAUGCAUGAGAAGUCCAACAUUGCGGAUUUCGUCAAGGAAGCUACUGAGUACCAUCAGCUCACCGCUGAGCAAAGGACCAAGCUUAUUUUGGACUUCGAUGAAGUCAAGAAGGGUGCUCAAGAUUGCCCACUGAAUAUAACCACUCAUUCUCGUGCUGCCGAAUGUGCUCGUAGCUUCCAGUACAUGAAAGAAGAGUUGGAAGCUCUGAAACAAUGCGUUGGCGUAGAAGCCAUUGUUGUGAUGGUUCGAGGUGUUUCCAAUUUUUCUAUGGCACCAAAAGCAUUCUUCACAAGUUCAGCAGCAGAACAAUUUGUUUGGUUGUACUUACGCAAGGAUGUCGCCCAAUUAGCGACAGAUUUCGAGAGUACCAUUCUGGCCAAUGGCCUCAUUUUAAACUCAGCCACUAAUCAUCGGGAGCGUGUCGUGAAUGCCAAGGCUGCUAUCAGAACAGGUCUCCGCUUGUCGCUAUGUGAAGUCACAAACAAUCCAUCUGCCUCAAUGGAGUUCACAAAGUACAAGAAGCUCGUUUCUACCUACUUUAUCAAACUUAUGGGGUGGAACCACCCCCAAUGGGCAAACCCUUCAGACUUAAAGGGUGGUAUUGACAGCCUUGAAAAUGUGGUUGAGGCAAUCAGACUUCACCAUUGCUGUUUUGUGGCGAUUGACCAAGAAGAAGCUAAAGAGCGUGCAUGGUGCAUAAAAAAUGGGGAGACAUUAACUCCCAAGCUCGAGCCACCCGUACCGCUUGAGCCACCUCCUUCUAAUACUCCUGAUUUCACUGCUCCAGAUGACAAUGCAGCCUCAGUGCUGUUUUCUUUGCCUCACAACAUCCAACCAGCCCCGCUGCAUGGUGAUGAUGACAUUGAGCCCACCCGCAGCUCAAUUACAGAUGAUAUGGUGGACCCAGAGCUUCGUGCUCUUGAUCAGGUGCUCCACUCAGACACUCAAACUGCCCUGGAAACGAACCCAUGA